UUGAAGUAAGAGAGGCCAAACCUCGACGUGUGCCUGAAUGGUCGUUGGGUCUCAUGUCCGUAGGGUCUGUCAGUCGUUCGUUUGCUCAGCCUUGUAGUGGAAGUCAAUACCGAACUUGAACCGACCAAGCAUGCCACUCCUGCAAGGUAUUACCCCACAAAUUGGCGCUCCGCGGAAUGCUUCCCGCUUUAUCCCUGCACAACCUCCACCAUCUGCUUGCCGCUGGCUGUGACGUGCAUGAGUCUGCCGUCAGGCUGCACUCCAGAUAAGAUUGGUCAACGCUACAACUCUGCCGAGAACGAGGGAUGCUGACCUUUAUCGCCAGAAAAGGCGACUACAGGCAGACUUCCAUCUCGAGAACCGGCGCUGGUGACGACCACGAAGCCAACAAAGGCGACGUGACUGCGCUGUCGGAAACCUUGCCGGGUCCACAGUGGUGUGGGCAGAUCCCUAAAGCGCACAUCGGAUGUGGAAGCGUUGGUCAACGUUUACGUCUGGCCACAGAGUGUUUAAGACAUCUUCACCGAUGCUCAAUUCCUGAGUUGCUAAUGCUGGAAGCAAUUCGUAGAACUUGUUUUCUGGUCACAGGGACACUGAUGUCGUACAACUCGUCGUGUCCGUACCCUACUGCGCCGCUGACCAUGCAUUUCUGGAUAAAGACCAGUGAAUCGACGGCCAUGAAAGUCGUUGUCGGUGGCAAGGGCACGAGGUUGCACUCUUACGUGGGGGUCAGUGUGAAGUGUUCACAUGGAGCAAGCGCAUUCGCUCGGCAGUUUGCUGAUGCUCACCCUACCACGAUCCUGUGUAUGGCGUUCCAAACGUGGAAACUGACGGAGCCUCAACGCUACGAACCGAAAGGCAUCCGUGGGAUUGUCUGGACAAAGUCACACGAACUCUCUCCGAAGAUGAAACAGGCGUGAUAUGCCAAGACUUGAUAGAGGCUUCCAGGUCGACAUCACACCAUGA